AUGUUAAACAAAUGGGUGAUACUCGCGAGUCUGGCGGUUGCCGUCCAGUGUGCCACAAUCACACGUAAAGACGCUAACAUACCGGUAGAGAUCCGCUAUGAAGACAAACCAGAAAUAAGUGUUAGUGCAGACAACAAGAAAGAGUCUGAAAAUGUUGAACCGUUAAGGAGCAACCCCGUCAGAAACUUGGACGAGAAGAUACAGUUAUCGCCCUCUGAUUUGUCCGAGGCUUUGAAGCACUUGCCUGUACAGGAGGAGGUUGUAGAUGAACAAGCUAAUAUUGCCCUCAGAUCGAACAUCGAAGAUACCAACAAAUUCGAGAAGUUGGGUGAGGAUUCAAAACCUAGUUCUAUGGCCAGUUUGCUAAGGGAAGCUGAAGAACUAGUCUUGAACGGUAUUAAGAACUUGAGAAAGAAGUUGGAAGGAGAAAAGGGUCAGCCCAGUGCAGAAGAUUGGGAUAACUUGGAGAAAUCUUUGAGCAACUAUUUUGAAGAAGAGAAGUCUAAAGCCACUUUCUUGAAACAAGACCAAUCUCAAAACCAAAAUAUUUUCCAAAAUAUUUGGAGCAACGUUCAAAAUAUUACCGGCAAUUUCAUUCAGUCAGUACAAGGAGCAGUUCAACAAGUCAAUUCUCCAGCUUCAGCAAAUGGAACCCAAAGUGAUGAAACGUCUACUCAACAACCUGGCUUUGGACAACAAUUCAUUAACAAUUUUAACAACGGCGUGCAGAAUAUUCAGAACAGCUUCCAACAACUUAUCAAUGGUGGAAAUCAAGCUACAACCUCCAACACCAACUUAAGUGAAAGCUCAACACAACCAGGCACCGGAAUUUUCUCCAACAUUGUUAAUAAUGUUCAAAACAUAUUAAACCCAGGCCAAACUAACAAAAAUCCAGGCAACGGUACCCAAGCAGAUGAAACUGCCACCGUAGCUUCUCCAGCUGGACCUGUACAACAAGUCAUUCAAAACGUCGGAGGACAAAUUGGAAACGCUUUCAAUCAGUUUGUUUCCGUGAUUAACCCGAACAGACCAGGUGCUGCAUCAGGAAAUCAAACUGUGUCUGGUGAUGAAGCCGGAGCUACCACUGCAGCUCCCGGUGGGCCGUUCCAAAUUUUCCAACAGAUUGGUAGUUCUGUUAGUUCAUCAUUCAGCAAUUUAAUCAGUGGGGGAAACAAUAACAACAAACCACCAGGCACAUCCGGAGAUGAUCCAACAACAGCUAGUCCGACAAACUUUAUACAAAACGUUGGACAAAACAUUGGACAAAACAUCGGACAGCUUUGGUCCAACAUAGUGGGAGGAGGUUCAAGCAGUACUACCGGUGGUGCUGGCGGAUCAACCAACCCAAUAGUGGCAGGAGUCCAACAAGUUGGCAACCAGAUCAGCCAAGCUGUCACUGGAAACCCUGUCGAAAGUAUCCAAAAUGCCAUUUCUGGUGGUAGUAAGAACGCAACAGAGGCUCCUAUUGAACCUGUAAAAGAAGAUCCAGUGAAAGAAGACCCUGUAAAAGAGGAGCCAGUAAAAGAAGAACCAGAGAAAAAAGAAAUCAUGGAGACUGCUGAAUAACUUGUCAUACUGUUUUAAAUAUUGAAAUUAUUGUUUAGGUAUUAUUUAUUUUUAAAUUAUUUAUUUUUGGACAAUAAAUUAUUUUAGUGU